AUGCCGGGGCUGGGCCACACAUUGGUCCGGUGCACUCUCAGAGGCGGCGGCCGCCAUCUUCCACCGGUCCAUCUUCAGAACAGGAACAGACGCAUCGACCUUUCUAGGCCUGCCGUCAAUGCCACCAUGACGCCAAACAACGGCACCCUCCUGCGCGAGUCCGUCGACCCGCAUCAAACGCCGAGACUCCACUGCGCCACGUCGUCAAGAUUUGCCACCGUCGAUGUGGACUCGACCACUGGGCCCUUCCAACUUGUUGAGUUCGGUGGAAUUGAGGUAGUUGGAAAGAGUUCGGUUCCCCACGGUGUAAUUGCCAUGGAUGAGCAGUUCAUCCUCCGUGUGCCCCCUUCUGUGGCAGAGCAGAUCGAGCGUCUUAUGAACGAAUCUGCUGCCGGCUCAUCCUCCAACCCCGAGGAUGCCUCCCUCGACCUCUCCUUCUCAGAUGAUGGAAGAAGUGGCACAUUUAUGAUUGGUAACCAGAGCUUUCCUGCAUCUCUCUUGGAUCUCCCAACUGUUGUGGAGUCGUAUAAGACAUAUGAUGAUUCAUUCUUAGUUAAAGCUGCUGAUAUUGGUCAGAUGGUAAUGGUAAGAGAAGAUGUUGAUCCUGCUCCAGAAGAAGUUGAAUACAAGCAUGGACUUACUCCUCCAAUGAGGGAUGCACGUAGGCGACGUUAUCGCAGAGAGCCUGGCUUGAAUGCAGAGCUUGUUCACCGAGUUGAGAAGGAUCUUAUAAGUAUUAUGCAUGGAGUGUCUGUCAGUAUCCUUUUGGUCCAAGGUGGUGAAGGUGGGGGUGGUGAAGGUGGUGACCGCAAGAAAGCUGCACCAGCUCCUGCACCCAAGCCAGACGCUCAAGAGCCUGCUGCAAAUGGCGAAGAAGCUGAGCCUGAGAGGAGUGACUCUGACGAUUCGGAGAACUGAAGUGGACCAGAAUAGAUACUGCAGCUGCCGUUGGCCGCGCAGUCUGGUGAAUUAAGCGAUUCAGAUCAGAGAAAGUGUAUUUUUACCAAGCAAGGGCGCUUGUUGUCUUUUUAGGACCUAUUGGUUAUCAUCUGAAUAAUAUUAGGAGUGUGCGACUUUGCACCAUGGUGGAAGAGGUCAUAAGGGUGAUUGUAACUGCUGCUAUUUCCUGAAUUUUGCACUCCAGUUCGGUUACUUCCAACGACGAAUUUGAUGAGAUAUCACCAUAAUUUUAGUCUAGCCAAUGCGCGAGAAGAUAUAGGGCAGCUCAGGGUGAUAUGCGAAGAAUUUUUUCUUUUUUUUACACAAAUGGUCCAUCACUACUUUUGGUACAACUCUGAUAGAUUUGAUUUAUCUUUUGGAAA